AUGUGCUUUGCUACAUUGUAUGGACGACUUGAUAUCUACAAGCUGCUCGAGUCGCAGCAACAUGAUGUUGAUAAGAUGCUACAAGUACAUCAACCGGUAGACUUGACGGCGACAGAGUACGAACCAAGUAGUGAUCUUCUCCUAUUGGCACUGUCAAAAGGCCGUCUGGCAAUGUUUGAGUACCUACUCUCACAUGAGACAACACAGAGCAUGGAGAGAAGAAUAGGACAUUGGAGACAGAAUGAAUCUGGUGGUCUCACAUAUGUGAGGUUCAUAGACAUUGAUGAUUGGGACCAGAUGAUAUCGAUCAUUAAGUUGUUGAUUACUUAUAUCAAGUCAUACAAUCGAUCCGAUGGCGAACAACUAACACUCAGUGUACUGUUGUGCGAGCCUUUCAAGUUGGUACUUCGGUGUCAGGACAUAAAGUUGAUGCGACUUGCCAUUGAUCAUGUGUCUUUAGAAUUUGAAGUCGUGAGACAACAUUGCGAGGAUGUCUUUCGUCCAACAACCGAUGGCACCACAGAACUAUACAGUGCAGACCAGCAACGGUCCGAUCCAAACAAGCUGGAGCAAUCACUCAUAUUCCUCAUCGACGUAUUCAAACUUUAUCAUCUGUCAACACGCCAUGUGACUCUUGAUGGUGACGCAUGCUGUAAUCAGGUACUGACGGAUGCUGGCAAGAUAUUCAUCGCCGUCUACAGGCUACUGGUCACACAUGUUGUCCUCCCAAUCAAGUCAUUCAUUAUAAAGGGCCUGUUCAUGAACAUACUUCAGCCAUGUCAACAAGAUCAUCUGGUCGCAUUCCUUAAACUCUUUCUAUCACUCGAUACACUUGACCCUCAUUAUCGUUCUGGUAUUUCCAUAGUCUGUACCUACGGCACGAUAGAGAUGGUGAAGAUCGUUCAUGAGAUGGGACGGGUGCCACCCACCCUGCAACCUUACACUCCAUCACUGGUAGUGUACCCCAAGGACUUGGAGAUACUAGAGUAUAUCAAUCAGACCAACUUGUGCUCGUUGGACAACAUGGAAAUGCUCACUCACUUUGCCUCGAUGGCCAACCCCGACUUGCUCAGGGCAUACCUGGCAGCACACCCUCGUCUGCUCAUUGACACCACACAAGAUGAAUUGGAUGAUGGAUUCGAUCCAAUCACAAUCAAUGAUCUAUUGAAUCGCCAUGACAUAGACAAAUGCAUAGCGAUCAAAUCAAUAUUGAAAGCCGAGUUCACUCGUGCCAAUCAAUCAAUGAGCAUUGAUUUGAUGUUUAAUCGUGUCGAUGAGAUGACACUAGGACAAGUACAAUCAAUCUCCAAAGAUGCUUUGAAGAACAGUACAUUCCAUCCCAGGGAUUAUUUGAAUGUGGACCCUGCCGUUGUCAGAUACCUCUUGCUCCUGGCACCCUCAGCAGGCUUUGACAAAGUGCUAACCAUGUCGAUAUUGAAAUCAGCUUGUGCCUUUGGUAUGACUGAUGAUGUUGUGCGAUCAAUUGAACACUCAAGCAAUAGUACAAUCAGAUUGGAUCAUUCAAUCAUGUCCAACCUGCUACAUUAUUCAUUCAUAUAUGAUCGACACUCUCUGGUACAAUAUCUUAUUGGUCAAUGUGAGGCAACGUUCAGUGGCACCACAUGGAUCUGGGCUGGUAGUAGGGUGGACAUUGAGACAUUGGACAAAAUGAUCUUGCUGGAAAGUCCAACUGGAUUUGGAAAGGAACGACUUCUUAUAGGUUCCUCCCAAUCAUCCAAUGAAUCUUUGAUCAAGGUCAUACUCGAGCGAUUGUGUACCGACAUGCCACGCAAGAAAUUAGGAAUGAUUGCGAUGCACUCUUUGGCCUACGAUCGAGAGGACGUGGUGGAAUUGUUUGCAGAAUGGAUGAUCAAGUGCCCACCCGAUGAACCACUACAGUCACAACAUCACAACAUUCACGAAGCACUCAUCAGCAGCACUGACAAGUUGGACAUAACAAUGGUCAAGGACUAUCUCCUAGGUGAGGCGAUCACUCACAAAAGAUUUGAGGCUGAGCAAUGUAUUCGAUAUCUUCUCCAAGGACUGACUCGUGCUACCAUUGACAAGCACUCUUGUUCAAAUGUAUAUAUCAAGUACCUUCAAUAUAAAUAA